CAUUUUAUUGUCAAAUCAAAUCCGCGCAAAAUUGCGCAAAAUUUAAUUAGUAUAAUUUUGCCAACAAGAUGAUCGAAGCGCGAAGAAAAUCAUCCGUUAUUACCAAAGAGGAACUUUUAAAAUUAAUCAAAACACCGGUUAUAAAUAGCAAAACAUUUGGAACAAGGCAUGUUCAAAUUAUACUCAUAUUUCUCUUAUCUGUCAUGACUUAUGUAAUCAGAAUAAGUAUGUCAGUAAUAAUAGUUGCUAUGACUGAUCCUACAUCAAAUCAAAAUAAGGAGAUUCCGGUCUAUAACUGGACAGAUAAAAGCUUAGUUGUCACAUCUUUUGUAUGGGGUUAUAUGAUUCCUCAAAUAGUUGCAGGUUAUUUGGCCACUAAUUUUGGUGCUAAAUGGUUUCUGGCGGGAUCUGUUAUAAUAAGUUCCUCUUUAGGACUUCUCAUUCCAGUAACCGCUGCCAUAUUAGGAUCUAAAGGAGUAAUGGGAUUAAGAUUGCUUCAAGGAAUAUCUCAAGGUUGUUUUUACCCCUCAAUACAUGCUUUCUUAAGUAAAUGGGUACCUGUUGGCGAAAGAAGUAGAUUGGGAACACUGCCAUACGUGGGAGCUCCAAUAGGUACAGUAAGUUCAAUGUUAUUAACAGGUUGGAUUGCUUCAGGUCCCUACGGUUGGCCAAUGGCCGUAUAUGUUUUUAGUGGAAUUGGCUUAAUUGUGGGACUCGCAUUUACAUAUUUUGGAUCUGAUGAACCAAACAAACACCGCACUAUUACCGAGGAAGAGAGAGUUUAUAUAAAUUCAAAUUUAACAACGUCCAGUUCCAAUGAAGAAAAAAAGAAUAUUCCAGUACCUUGGUUGGACAUCUUCACUUCUUUGCCUUUUUGGGCAUUAUUGGUGGCUCAAAUUGGAUGGUGUUGGAGCAAUUGGACAUUACUGCUAGAAACACCUAUUUAUAUGAAUCAUGUUAUGAAGUUUGACUUAAAAUCGAAUAGUGUCCUCUCAUCCCUUCCUUAUAUUGCUGAAGCUGUUUCUGCCAUAGGUUACAGCGUUAUAGCGGAUUAUCUCAUCGUGAAGAAUAUAUGCAGCAUUGGAAAAACCAGAAAAAUCAUGAAUUUCAUUGGUAUGGUCAUCCCGGGGAUAGCUCUGGUCGCUCUUGCUUUCUGUGAUUCAGAUGAUGCUUAUAAAGCUGUUACUCUAUUGGUUGCAAUUGGUCUUUUUGCAAGUGCCACAAGAAGUGGUUAUAAUGUCAAUCUAAUCGACUUGGCACCUAAUUUCGCUGGUAUUUUAAUGGGAAUUUGCAAUGGAACCGGUGCUGCUGUAGCUUCACUUGGACCGCUAGUAAUACAUCUUUUAGUCAAAGAUGAGAAUGAUCCUAAUCAAUGGAAAACGAUUUUUUACAUUUCUGCGGCUAUGUCUAUAGUUAGUUUCAUAUUCAAUUGCUCAUUUACAUCCGGAUCCAUUCAACCCUGGAAUGAAGGCAGCAAGAAAUACCGGGAGAGACACAUCAAAGAAUACACCAAAGCGUAACACACAGACACAGUUCUUUAAGAAACACAAACGUGAUUUAUACUCGAUAAUUAUGUUUCGAUAAUUGUAAUAGAUUGAAACUUUGAUAGUGGGUAUACCAAGAAAAAUGUAUGUAGAAUUAUUGUUCAACGAAUAAACUAGACGAUCGCUAUUA